AUGAACGCCCCCGGCGCCGGCCACUCCCAGGCCGCAGAGACCUUCGUGAAGAAACUGCUCGCGCACCUCGACGAGUGCGACGUGGACCGGCUCCAACAGGCGCUGCCGCUGUUCCAGCCGCACUGUCGCAUCGUCGUCAACACGCAGCCGUUCGCCUCCCCGGCCGCGUUCCUCCAGACCUGGCUGCAGGCCGUGGUCGCCACGCAGCACACACUCACGUCGCUGGACUACCACGUCAUCCCCGGCACCGCAACGCUGGUCUGCAACGCUGCCUGUAAGGUCCGCUUCGACGAGAGUGGCCGGGACAAAAUGGGCGGCGAUGCCGUGCUGCCCGCGCCUGCCGCCCGCGCCCAGCCGCGGGCGCGCCGCUGGGGCACCUACUACGGCCUGUCGCUCCAGCUCGUUUUGGACGAACGUGUGCUGGCCGGCGACGCGGCCGCCGCCAUUGCCGCGCUGAACUAUACCCUUGUUUUUCGCCCGGACGAUACGCUGAUGAGCAUCUAG